AUGAGUGGCGAAGACGAUCCUACUGGUGCUGCUCUCUACGGUUUUCUUAAGCAGUCUGCUCGUAUUCUUGAUACCUUGAAAAUGGAGAGGGUUAGAACUAUUCUAACCCACACUUAUCCAUACCCUCACGAGCAUUCCCGCCAUGCUAUAAUUGCUGUUGUUGUUGGCAAGACUUUCAAACCGAGCUAUUCAAAUUUCAGUCGAUGGUACAUAGCUUGGAUUUUAGUGGCAGCUGUGUAUCAUCUUCCUAGCUUUCAGUCAAUGGGAGUGGAUAUGAGGAUGAACCUAUCUUUGUUUCUGACCAUAUAUCUCUCUUCCAUCUUGUUUCUUCUUGUCUUCCACAUUAUAUUUCUUGGCCUCUGGUAUAUUGGCUUUGUUUCACGUGUGGCGGGAAAGAGACCAGAGAUCUUGACCAUUCUUCAAAACUGUGCAGUACUUAGCGUGGCAUGCUGUGUAUUUUAUAGUCAUUGUGGGAACCGUGCCAUGUUAAGAGAGAGGCCACUUGACAGAAGAAAUUCCAACUGGUUUUCUUUCUGGAAGAAAGGGGAGAGGAACACAUGGCUUGCAAAGUUUCUGCGGAUGAAUGAAUUGAAAGACCAGGUUUGCUCAUCUUGGUUUGCUCCAGUUGGUUCUGCAAGUGAUUAUCCUCUCUUGUCAAAGUGGGUUAUUUAUGGCGAGAUAGCUUGCAAUGGAUCGUGUCAUGGUUCAUCAGAUGAAAUUUCUCCCAUCUACUCUCUUUGGGCUACAUUUAUUGGGCUUUACAUUGCAAAUUAUGUGGUGGAGAGGUCAACAGGGUGGGCUCUCACUCACCCAUUAUCUGUUAAAGAAUAUGAGAAGGUGAAGAAGAAGCAAAUGAAACCUGAUUUUUUAGACAUGGUUCCUUGGUACUCCGGAACAUCUGCUGAUUUAUUCAAAACUGUUUUUGACCUCCUGGUAUCAGUGACUGUCUUCGUUGGGCGUUUUGACAUGCGGAUGAUGCAGGCAGCAAUGACUAGGGUUAGUGAUGGAAAUCAACAAGGUGACCUUCUAUAUGAUCAUUUUAGUGAGAAGGAGGAUUUUUGGUUUGAUUUUAUGGCCGAUACUGGUGAUGGUGGGAACUCAUCUUAUGCUGUGGCACGACUACUUGCUAAACCUUUCAUUCGAACACUGAAAGAUGAUUCUGCGCUAACCUUACCACGUGGAGACUUGCUAAUUAUUGGGGGUGAUCUUGCAUCCCUAGAGUAUCCAAAUCCAUCAGCAUUUACAUAUGAAAGGCGUCUUUUUGUUCCUUUUGAGUAUGCUCUUCAACCUCCUCCUUGGUAUAAAGCAGAGCAGAUAGCUGUGAACAAGCCAGAUGUACCCUUCGGAGCUCCAUUAAAACAGUACAAUGGACCUCAGUGUUUUGUUAUUCCUGGAAACCAUGACUGGUUUGAUGGACUCCAGACCUUUAUGAGGUGGUGGGUUUUUGGGCUUGAUCUAGCUCUUCAUGGUGAUAUUGAUGUGUACCAAUUCAAGUUCUUUUCAGAAUUGAUAACGGAGAAAGUUCAAGAGAAUGACUCUGUGAUCAUUAUAACACAUGAACCUAAUUGGCUCACCGACUGGUAUUGGAAUGAUGUUACUGGAAAGAAUAUUUCACAUCUGAUUUGUGAUUAUUUAAAAGGAAGAUGUAAGCUUCGAAUGGCUGGGGACUUACAUCAUUACAUGCGUCAUUCUCACGUAAAGUCAGAUGGGCCUGUACAUGUUCACCAUCUUCUCGUUAAUGGUUGUGGUGGAGCAUUUUUACAUCCUACCCAUGUCUUCAGUAAAUUUAACAAACAUAAUGAUGUCUCCUAUGACUGCAAAGCUGCAUAUCCAUCCUUUGAGGAUUCGAGCAGGAUUGCGUUGGGAAAUAUUCUAAAAUUUCGAAAGAAGAACUGGCAAUUUGAUUUUAUUGGUGGCAUUAUAUAUUUUGUGCUAGUCUUUUCAAUGUUUCCACAAUGUGAGCUGAAUCACAUCCUCCAAGAUGAUACAUUUUCUGGCCACAUAAAGAGUUUCCUUGGUACUGUGUGGAAUGGAUUUAUAUAUAUUCUGCAGCACUCUUGUGUGUCACUAGUGGGAGCUAUACUAUUACUAAUUGCAGCAUAUUCUUUUGUUCCGCCCAAAUUGACACGGAAGAAACGAGCAAUAAUUGGAGUUCUUCAUGUUUCUGCUCACCUUGCUGCGGCACUAAUUCUUAUGUUGCUUCUUGAAAUAGGCAUAGAAAUAUGCAUCCAGCAUGACUUGCUGGCAACUUCAGGGUAUCACACUUUAUAUCAGUGGUAUAGAUCAGUGGAAAGUGAGCACUUUCCUGAUCCAACUGGACUCAGAGCUCGCAUUGAACAAUGGACAUUUGGACUUUAUCCGGCUUGUAUCAAGUAUUUAAUGUCUGCUUUUGAUGUGCCAGAGGUCAUGGCAGUCUCUCGGAACAAUAUUUGCAAGAACGGAUUGGAAUCUCUUUCCCGGGGGGGUGCUGUAAUAUAUUAUGCUUCUGUCUUCCUUUAUUUCUGGGUCUUCUCGACCCCUGUUGUUUCCUUGGUGUUUGGAAGCUACUUGUACAUUUGCAUCAACUGGCUUCACUUACACUUCGAUGAAGCUUUUUCGUCUCUUCGAAUAGCUAAUUACAAAUCAUUCACUCGAUUUCACAUUAAUUCUGAUGGUGAUCUUGAAGUCUACACUCUGGCUGUUGAUAAGGUUCCAAAGGAGUGGAAGCUUGAUCCAGAUUGGGACGGAGAGGCGAAACACCCACAAGAGUUGAGUCAUUUUAGAAGGUUUCCCAGCAAAUGGAGGGCAGUCACUGCCCACCAGGAUCCGGUACAUACGGUCAAAAUUGUUGACCAUUUCGUUAUUGGACGGACAGAAAACAAUGACUGUGAUACUCCAUCUAACGGGCCAGUUCAAUGA